GAACUGAUCCAAAAAAGGCCCUUAUUCAAAAUUUUCAUUGCUAAAAAAAUCCUUACCAAACAAGAAGCUGUAACAAUGGCUUCCAUGACCAUGCCUGGUUCAUUCUUGAGUAGUACCAAGCAAAUGCCCAUCCCCAUGCCCAUUGCCACCACCUGCCGCGGAGCGGCGGCGGCGAGGGCAAAGAAGACGGCGGCGGAGGCUGAGGUGGAGAGAGAGCACAGCAGCAGCAGCAGCAACCGUAGGAGGGAGCUCAUGCUGGCAGUGGCAAUGGCAGCCGCUUGCUCGGUGGCUAAAGUUGCCAUGGCGGAUGAUGAGCCAAAGCGCGGCAGUCUGGAGGCUCGGAAGAAGUACGCGCCAAUCUGUGUCACAAUGCCCACGGCUCGGAUUUGUCACAACUGAUCAUCUUUGCACCUGUACUUUACUAGAGAUGGUUUUUCAUGUUAUGUCAAAUAUGAACUGUGAAAUGAGCAGUGUGUUCUUUCUCAAUCUUUCCUUCUUCCAUUGCAAUGAAAUAAGCAAAUGUUUAUUCGA